AAGGCUUUUGGUUGUUCGAGGGUGAAGCCCAGUCUGGAGAGGAGGCCAGAAUGGCGAGCUGCUCGCCCUGCGUCGCCGGCGCCGACAGCGGCCCCGCCCGCGCAGCGCUGCCGCGGCGCACCUGCGCUGCGCUGCUGAGCCUCCUCUUCGGCCAGCCCACGCUGGUCACUGCGUGCUGGCUGCUGACCUGCGCCGCACGCGGCCGCCGCGGGGCGGAGGAGGGCGCGUCGUGGCCGGCGUUGGCCUGGGACGCCCUGCUCUUCGAGGUCUGUCUGCGGGCGGCCCGCGCCGCGGCGCUGCUGCUCCACGAGCUGGCGCACCUGCUGGCGGCCUGCGCGCUGCUGCUGCCCUCGGCGCGCCCGCGGCUGCUGGCGCCCGCGGGCCCCACCGCGCGGGCUCCGUGGCCGCGCCGGGUCGCCCAGCACCUGCUGCCGCACCUGCUGCCCUUCGCCGCCGCGCCGGGCGCCUGCGUGGCGCUGACGCCGCGGGCCCGCAGGGCCCUGCUGGCGCGCGGCGCGGGCGCGGAGGCGAGCGUGAGGACCGCCGGCCUGGCGGCCUCGCUGCUGCUGCCCUGCGGGCUCUGGGUGUGGCUGGGGGCGCGCCUGGGCGGCGGCGACCUCGGAGCAGUUUCAGCGCUGACUGGCGCACUGCUCGUGGCCGCAGGCGCCCUGCUCUCGGACCUCCCAGGCGGGCCGCUCUGGGGCCUGCAGGCUCUGCCCGGCUGCUUCUGCUGCGGCAACUGGGGGCUGCUGGUCCCGCGCGAUGCGCUGCAGGGAGGGGGCGGCUCGAGCAGGGAGCUGUUCCCGGGCGUCUGCGAGAGCCUAUUGCUCAGCGUGCUGGACAUCGUGGAGAUGCGCGGCGCCCAGGCAGGGGGGGUCGCUACUUUCCUGAGCAACGGCAGCGACCAGGUGAAGGCGGUCGUGGCGCGCUCGCUCAAGACGAAGCGCGGUCGGUUGGGCACGAAGAUAUUUGACCUGUUCCGCUCGCGUCUGCGGUGGCAGUACCGCUCGAGCCUGAUGAGAUGCAGGGAGCUGAAGGGCCUGCCCGUCGUGCUUGCGCAGGGCCACUCGCGCUUCGGGACGUCCUCGGGGCCCGCAGAGGUCGAGACGCAUCCGCACCAGUGGCUAGGUCCACACUUUGAGCACGUCUGGCGGUGCGAGGAGAACCAUACGUGGAGGCGCGAGCAUUUGGAAGUGUGCACGACGAUCACUCACAACGGCGACUUUGAUGGCUGGAAGCUGUACGACAAGGUCGUGCCCAAUGGCAGCCUGGGCCUCUUUUUGGAACGGGUCCUGCACUGCAGCAACGAGGCAAAAGGCGAUUCUCCGAAGCUGGCCGGCAUGAUGGACCUCCUCCUCUGCCAGGGCAUGUGGCUCGCCUCCGUGCGCCUUGCCUUCGUGACCGAGGUCAUGAAGCACGUCGAUGAGGUCUUCGGCGUGUUCGACCGCUUCUUCGGGGAGGCGUUGCGCGCCUGCGGCUCCGACGCCAACGGGCCCACGAGCCGAGCGGGCGGGCUCGUGCGGUCGAGCGCGGUGGUCGCAGGACAUUUUUCGCCCACGCAGGAUGCGGUGAGGGCAUUGGCUGACAAGAUCGUUGAGUUUUUCGAGCAGCCGGGGAAUGCGGCAGACAUUCAGCCUCAUGGGAUUACAGGCGUCCAUCUCAGGAACUUUGUGCUGAGGGCCUGCGACUACUUCUUCGGCAUGGACCUGCUGAGCAGCGUGCAGCUCUUCUUCCAGCAUGCAGAGGGCACGUUUGGGAUCUCAGUCUCGUGCACCCUGUGGCCCACAUCCAUCGUGCUCGCCAGCAAGGGGCAGCCCAUCUCUCUCGCCGUUGACCCGACGCGCCCGCUCGUGAUCUGGUCCUCCGAGCCGAGCAGCCUCCUGGUCGCUUGGCCAGCCCUGGACGCCCGCGGCCUGCGGACCCGGGCAGCGCGGGCGCGCUGGGACCUCAACGACGCGGCCGGCGAGGCCCUGGAGCUCAGGAUCGUGCACGGGGGUACGGCGGAUCAGCACGUGGCCAGGCUGAGGAACCUUGUGAGCCCCGUCUCGGUCGCCAGCUCCCACUUCUUCCCGAUGCCCGCGCUCGACACCUCGAAGGUGAUGGACCACCACCUCCUGGCCCGCGGCGUGAGCCUGGACUCGGCCGGCAGGCCCCUCACGAUGAGGGCAUUCGUGUCACGCUGGGUGUUGCUGCACACCCCGCCGCCGAGCCGGAAGCUGGGCAACUCCCAGGGGGGGCUGGACCCCGUGGCUCAGGACCUGAACGACGUGCCCUCCGUGCUGCAGCAGGUCGAGGACGCGUGGAAGGACCGCACCUCGCUGAACCACCAGAGCGGCCGCAGGUUCGGCAGGUGCCUCUCCGAGCUGCUGGCGAGGAAGCGGCGCGAGGGCAGCGGUGCUGGCGACGGCAUCGACGUCCUCGUGUUCGGCAUCGAGAACAGCCUCUGGCUGGGGCAGCAGUUCGCCGCCGACCUCAAGCGCAUGAUGCCGCUGCUGAACGUCACGGCCCUGAGCUCCAAUUGGCUGCUUGGCAUGCUUCAAGAGGCCCAUGGGCACCUGGAGCCCAGGAACUUCGCCAUCUCGCGCCUCUCCUUCCGCCUCUCGCCGGGGGCGCUGGUCCUCGGCAUCAGCCACAGCGGGACCACCUACCCCACCGUCUGGGCGGCCCGCGCGCUGCACCGCCGCCACGGCGGGCACGCCCACCUCUUCGCCAUGUCGUCGCAGUUCGACACCGUGCUCGCCAACGCGGUGGCGGACUCCAUCGGGCACGACCUCAUGAAGCUCGAGUUUACGGGCUUCCUCUUCAGCACGAUGGCUGGGCAGCGUCCGUCGGAACCCUCCACGGUGGCCACGCUCGCCAUGCACCACACGCUCUCGUGGCUGCUCUGCGUGUCCGCCGAGGUCGUGUCGGCGGCUUUCCCGCAGAGCACGACGAUUACCUCGGGCGCCCAGGCAACCGAGGGGCGUGCUCCGCCGCGCCUGGCGGCGGGCCGCGGUGGGCGGCCGUGCAGGCCUUGGGUGGGGACGUGGGUGGACACGACAAAGGACUUCUUCCACGGCGACGCCAUCAGCAUCGGGGAGAGCUCGUGGCGGCUCGAGGGCUCCGGGGACCACGUCCACAGCAGGUCCGUGUUCACCAUCGGUCGCGCCUCGGAGGACAGGGUGCAGCUGAUCGAGUCGUUCCCGGACGGCUCGGCGCACGUGUUCGACGUCUCCUGCGAGGGGGAGUGCCUGAGGGUCGUGCUCGCGGGAACCCUGGCAUCUCCAAGCGGCCUCGGCCAGGAGCGCCCCGGCGCCGGCCCUGGCGGCGGCAGCGCGCUCUCGCUCCAGGAGGAGAGCGGGUGCUGCAGGAGGAGCCGGGCCAGCCGCAGGAGUGGGUGCUGCACAGCCUCACCAAGGCGGCCCUGCCCGCCCUCACGCUCCGGGCCUCGGACGUCCGCGACGUGCCGCGCCUGCUGCAGUCCCUGCUGCCCGCGGCGGAGGAGACUUUGUGCGGCGCGAGCCGGGCGGGCGUUGUGGCGGAGCGGCCCUCGGAGUUGCGGGCGAGCGUCCUGCUCGUCGGCCGGUACCUGGCGUCCCACCUGA